AAACGCUCCAUCAGCUCUGCCUCAGCACGCAGCCCUGCUGUGGGCUCAGGCCGCCUCACCAUGGGCCUCUCCUCUGGUAGUGUGUAUGGAGGAGCAGGAGGGGCAGGUGUGCGCAUCUCCAAAGCUAGUGCUGGAGCUCUGGGCACCGGGUUCGAUCUGAGCGAUGCUCUGGAUGUGACGGUCAAUGAGAAGGCCACCAUGCAGAACCUGAACGACCGCCUGGCCACAUAUCUUGACAAGGUGCGCAGCCUGGAGAAGGCCAACGCUGAUCUGGAGAUGAAGAUCAGGAAUUUCCUUGAGAGCAGGACCAGCUUUCACCUCCAUGACAGCACCGCCCACAGAGUCACCAUCACCGGGUUGCAGGACAAGAUUGGUGAUGCUGCUCGUGUGAAUGCUGCUCUAUUCUUGGCUGUGGACAAUGCCAAACUUGCCGCUGAUGACUUUAGAGUCAAGUAUGAGAACGAGCUGGCCAUGCGUCAGUCAGUGGAAGCAGACAUCGCUGGGCUGAAGAAGGUCCUGGAUGAGCUGACUCUGGUUCGCUCUGAUCUGGAGAUGCAGCUGGAGGGUCUGAAGGACGACCUCAUCUACAUGAAGAGGCAGCAUGAAGAGGACCUGCUGGCUCUGCGCAGCAACAUGGGAGGAUCGGUGAACGUGGAGGUGGACGCUGCUCCUCAGGAGGACCUCAGCAUUGUCCUGGCUGGAAUCAGAGAGCACUACGAGGGCGUCGCCGACAAGAACCGCAGGGACCUGGAGGCCUGGUUCCAGGCCAAGAGCGCUGAGCUGAACAAAGAUGUGGUCAUGAGCACAGAGACCCUGAAGUCCAGCCGCUCAGAGAUCUCUGAACUGCGCCGCACCCUGGACACACUGCAGAUCAAACUGCAGGCUCAGCUCAGUAAGAAAGGAGCUCUGGAGGCUAACCUGGCUGAGGUGAACAGCCGCUACGCCGUGAUGCUGGCCAGCUUCCAGAAGCAGGUGACAUCAAUGGAGGAGCAACUGACCGCACUCAGAGCCGACCUGGCCAAUCAGAGGGAGCAGUACAAAAUGCUGCUGGACAUUAAGACCAGACUGGAGGUGGAGAUCGAAAAGUACCGCUUUCUGCUGGACGGAGAGAUCGAGAAGCAUGCUAUCACUAAAACCACCACCACCACCAAAGUGAUAACAAUUGUCCAGGAAGUGGAUGAACAUGGAAACAUAAUUUCCAGUUAG